AAACAAAUUGAGAACCCUAAAGAGGCAUUUAUUGGUCUUUCCAGACUCCAGAGUACUGUGUUACCCGCAUGAGUUUCACUGGUUUUGUUGAAUUUUAGCUGUGACUUCCUUCUUCCUUGUUCUUUCCAGCCUCUUCCAUUAUUGUUGCAUUUAGACCCUGCCCCGCUACUCUCACACACAUUCCUCUACGCUGCGUAGACUUCAAGCUUUGCUUCAUCUCGAGGAACGAGAUUUCGUUUGUCCUUUUGACACGCGCCGACUCUAAUUCCCGUGAUAGGGGACGGAGGAGGAGGAGGAUAAGAGGACGAAGGAAACCCUAACAAUCGGAUAUGGGUAGGAAGAAGCCUACGGCACGCGACGACGAUAACGUGCCUGCUGCAUCACAGGGAGGCGGCAAAUCGAAGAAGAAGGUCGUUGUCGACGAUAAUGAGUAUGACAUCGGUGACCUCUCCGAGGAGCCGCAGCCUGUGGCACCACCAGCUGCCAAGAAGAAGGGCAAAAAGGAUAAUGCCAAAGCUAAGGCAAAGGGUAAGGACGACGAAGAAGAUGACGAUGAUGUGGCAAUUAGUGCGGCUGGGGACGAUGAUGAGGAUGAGGAUGCUGGGAUUGUGUUUGCUGGGAAGAAGAAGAAGGGUAAAUCUAAGAAAGGUGGUGGAGGCAGUGUGUUCGCUGCUGCAUCUGGUUUUGGCUUGCUUGGUGAUGAUGACGGUGAUGGUGGUGAUGAUGAAGAUGAUGACAAAUCAGGGAUAACUGGUGAGGGUGGUGACGCCAAGGAGGAGGAGGAGGACGAGGAGGCUGUGGUUAGUUUUACAGGGAAGAAGAAGCCUUCUAAGGGCUCGAAAAAAGGUGGUGGCAGUGUGUUCAGUGCCUCAGCUUUUGAUGCUAUUGAUGAUGGUGAUAAUGAUGGUGGGGAGGAGGAUGAGCUGGUGGUUAGUUUUUCGGGUAAGAAGAAGCCAUCAAAGGGAUCGAAGAAAGGCAGUUCAUUCUCUGCCUCGGCCUUUGAUGAUGGUGAGGAGGUGGUGGAUAGUGGUGGAGGUGAGGAUGAACCAGUUAUUGCUUUUACUGGGAAGAAGAAGUCUUCUAAAGGUGGCAGGAAGGGUGGUGUUGCUGCAUUUUCAGCAGCUAGUUUUGGUGAUAUUGAUGAUGGGGAGGAGGCUAAGAAUGAAAAGGAGGAAGAUGAGGAUGGUAAGGACAUGCCAAUUACCUUCUCUGGUAAGAAAAAGAAGUCAUCAAAGUCUACGAAGAAGGCUUCAUUUAGUUCAGCUUUUGCCGAUGAAGAAGAUGAUUCUGUAGCUGAGCCUACUAGAGAUGGUGAGGAUGAAGAUGAUGUUUUGGUUGCGUUUUCGGGUAAGAAGAAGUCUUCUAAAAAGAAAACUAGUGCCAAACCAUGUGAUGAAACUGUUGAGCCUGAGCAACCUAGUGUUGGAGUUAGUAGUGCAGAUGUUGACAACAAUGUAAAUAAGAGUGGAGUCACUGAAACCUCCAAAAAUAAGAAGAAGAAGAAAAACAAGAGUGGAAGAACUGCUCAAGAGGAGGAAGAUUUAGAUGCGAUUCUCGCGGAGCUUGGUGAGGGCCCUCCAGGUGAAAAGGAGGGGGAAGAGGAGACAGUAGAAUCAGCUGCUGCAAAGAAGAAGAAAAAGAAGAAGGAAAAGGAAAAGGAGAAGAAGGCAGCAGCAGCAGCAGCUGCAGCUGCUGGAACUGCAGCAGAAAAUGAAGCUAAAGAAGUUAAGGCCGAGCCUGCUGAAGCUAAGAAGAAUGAUUCAAAGGCCAAAGCAGUCGACAACAAGAAAAUACCCAAGCAUGUUAGGGAGAUGCAAGAGGCAUUAGCUCGAAGGAAGGAGGCUGAAGAAAGGCAGAAGAAAGAAUUGGAGGAGAGGUUAAGGAAGGAAGAAGAGGAGCGACGUAGGCAGGAAGAACUUGAGAGACAGGCUGAAGAAGCUAGACGCAGGAAGAAGGAGAAAGAAAAGGAGAAGCUCCAGAGAAAGAAGCAAGAAGGUAAACUGCUAACUGGUAAGCAGAAAGAGGAGGCUCGCCGCUUGGAGUUAAUGAGGAAGCAGUUUCUUAAUAGCACAGGAGGUGUGACUGUCCCUGGUGGGGACUCUGGUGCACCAGCCAAAAGGCCUAUAUAUCAGACAAAGAAGUCGAAACCAACCCAUCAUCAGCAGAAUGGUGCUGCUGCCCCUGCCACCGCUGCCGUUGAGACGGCUGAAAGUCUUGAAGCAAAGGAAGAGACAGUCACUGAUGCAGGUUCAGACGAACCAGAAAAGGUUGAAGAAACCGUGGUAGAGCAGGUGGAGGAGAAAGUUGAACCUCUGGAAGCUGCUGAAGACAAUGGAGUAGAUGAUGAUGAAGAAGAGGAUGAAUGGGAUGCAAAAAGCUGGGAUGAUGUUAAUCUGAAUGCCAAGGGUGCAUUUGCUGAUGAAGAUUCUGAGCUUGUACCAGUUGCCAAAAAGGAGACAAAGACUGCUGUAACUAUGAACAAUGCUGCUGCAACAAAGAAAACAAUUUCUAAGCCUGUGACCGAAGAAAUUAUAGAUAGAAAGCUUGUUGCUGACAAGAAUAACUCAGAACCACCAAAAUCUGUUUUGCCAAGGGAACCUAUUACUCAGUCAAAAGAAAUGCAAAAGUCCUCUGUGUCUCCUAAGCCGAGUGGAGAGAACCUCCGUUCUCCAAUUUGCUGUAUCAUGGGGCAUGUGGAUACUGGUAAAACUAAGCUGCUGGAUUGCAUUCGAGGUACUAAUGUUCAAGAGGGUGAGGCCGGUGGUAUCACACAGCAGAUUGGUGCAACAUACUUCCCUGCGGACAACAUACGUGAAAGAACUAAGGAAUUGAAAGCUGAUGCAAAACUAAAAGUUCCUGGUCUACUGGUUAUUGAUACGCCAGGGCACGAAUCAUUUACUAACUUAAGGUCUCGGGGUUCAGGGCUAUGUGAUAUUGCAAUUUUGGUUGUAGACAUUAUGCAUGGCUUAGAGCAACAGACAAUUGAAUCACUCAAUCUAUUAAAAAUGAGGAAUACAGAAUUCAUUGUGGCCUUGAAUAAGGUUGACAGGCUUUAUGGGUGGAAAACAUGUCGCAAUGCUCCAAUUAUCAAAGCGAUGAAACAACAAACCAAGGAUGUUCAAAAUGAGUUCAAUCACAGGCUCGUCCAGAUUAUUACUCAAUUGAAGGAACAGGGACUAAAUACCGAGUUGUAUUAUAAAAACAAGGAAAUGGGAGAAACAUUCAACAUUGUACCUACAAGUGCAAUAAGUGGUGAAGGAAUCCCUGAUUUGUUGUUACUGUUGGUUCAAUGGACCCAAAAAACAAUGGCUGAAAAACUUACUUAUAGUGAUGAAGUGCAGUGCACUGUCUUGGAGGUCAAGGUUGUUGAAGGCCAUGGAACUACUAUUGAUGUUGUUUUAGUUAAUGGUGUUCUUCAUGAAGGAGACCAAAUAGUUGUCUGUGGAAUGCAGGGGCCAAUUGUAACAACAAUUCGAGCUUUACUCACACCGCAUCCAAUGAAGGAACUCCGUGUUAAGGGUACAUUUCUUCAUCACAAAGAAAUCAAAGCUGCAAUGGGUAUAAAGAUCACUGCCCAGGGGCUUGAACAUGCUAUUGCUGGAACUGGUUUAUAUGUUGUGAAGCCUGAUGAUGAUUUGGACGAUAUUAAAGAAUCUGCAAUGGAAGACAUGCGAUCAGUCAUGAGCAGGAUUGACAGGAGUGGUGAGGGAGUUUGUGUACAGGCAUCUACCCUUGGUUCUUUGGAAGCAUUGCUGGAGUUUUUAAAAACACCAGAAGUGAAUAUUCCCGUUAGUGGUAUAAGCAUUGGCCCUGUGCAUAAAAAGGAUGUUAUGAAGGCAAGCGUAAUGCUUGAAAAGAAACGAGAAUAUGCCGCUAUAUUGGCAUUUGAUGUCAAAGUCACUCCCGAGGCUAGGGACCUUGCAGAAGAACUGGGUGUGAAAAUUUUUAUCGCUGAUAUCAUUUAUCAUUUGUUUGAUCAAUUUAAGGCCUAUAUCGAUAACAUUAAGGAAGAGAAAAAGAAGGAAUCUGCCGAUGAGGCAGUCUUCCCAUGUGUUCUGAAAAUUUUACCAAACUGUGUUUUCAACAAGAAGGAUCCAAUUGUUUUGGGAGUUGAUGUUCUUGAAGGCAUUGCAAGGAUUGGGACUCCAAUUUGUAUUCCUUCUAGAGACUUCAUUGAUAUUGGCCGCAUUGCCUCCAUUGAAAAUAACCACAAGCCAGUUGAUUAUGCAAAGAAGGGGCUCAAAGUAGCUAUUAAGAUUGUUGGUAGCAAUCCUGAGGAGCAACAGAAAAUGUUUGGGAGGCAUUUUGAGAUAGAUGACGAACUUGUAAGCCAUAUUUCGCGGAGGUCUAUCGACAUACUCAAAGCUAAUUAUCGGGAUGAUCUAAGCACUGAAGAAUGGAGGCUUGUUGUGAAAUUAAAGAAUGUUUUCAAGAUUCAAUGAGCAGAGACUUGUUUUGUGGGCACUGAAACAUUCAUUUCAGCACAAGAUGGUUUCUAUGAAUUAUUUCUGUACAAGACUUUGAAGGGUUCAUGUGAGGAAGUGGUUGGAUCCACCAUGGAGACCAAUAAAGAUGUUGCAAUGACUAAGAUAAGGAGCAUUGAAAGUAAAUGGUACAUGUUGCACUAGUGACUCCUUUACUUUGUCAUCCGGGAAUUUCAGGCUAAAAUGGUGAGAAAUGGUACGAUAUCAAGGUUCAAAUUUUGUGAAUUACUAUUAUAUAUAUAGGUUUGUGGUAUACACAGAAGCAAAAAAGGUCUACACAGUUUGAUAUAUUUGCUGAAGCUGACAAAUUGUUCUAAUUUGUUGCGAUUGUUCACCGAGGCGAAGCUAAAAUUUUACGGGAGUAAUUAUUGCGUGACUGAAGAAAUAAUCAGCUUUUGUUUCUGUGGCACUGGCUGUAAAAUUCUUGUUAUAUUUCCCUUUGUAUUUGAGACACUUUUUUCCCAUGUGGAGUAUGAAAUUUUGUUUAUGUUUCUGAAUAUAUCAGCAUGUUUAUCAAAUGUGAAAUCUUUUUGGGCAAACAUUUCAUUAGUGUC